UUUUUCAUAUAUGUCACGUGAUAAGAACAACAUGGCGCAGUAAACUGUUUACUGUUGGCAAGGCAUUACCAAUGAGUUGAAUUUGUAGUAUUUUUCAUUUUAUAAUAUCAGUGGACGGGACCAGAUACGCAAAAUCAGGGGUCUAUGAAGACUUCCAAGGGGUCUACGAAAGUGAAAAAAUAAAAUCUGGGUCUACAAUAAUAGAUUUUAUUUAAGCAGAAUUGCUACCAUUUAUAUUGUCAAAAAGUUGAUGAAAUUUCAAUUUUGUUGAAAAUGAGGAGUAAUUUUGAUUUUAAAACAAAAAAUCAACUGAAUGAGAAUGUGAGGCGAUUAAGAGAAAUCCAGCGAAACUGUAAAAAAAGGCAAGAAGAGAAACAAGAACCUGUAAAGGUUUUGUGGAAAUCAGAAAAAUAUUCAUGUGUUGAAUCAAAAAUAAAACAAGACAUUGAGAAACCAGUAUCUUCAAGACCAAGUUCUGCUAAUUUUCUUAGAGCACAUUCACGAGCAGGGCCACCAGUGAAGUUAGAGUCUCGACCUGUCACUCCGGACAUUACAAAUAAGACUAGUGUUCCUCCAGCAUCCACAGCCCAAAAUGUAACUUUAAUUCGACACAACUGGGACUUUAUCAAAGUCAAUGGAAUAAAUGCUAAGAAAGCAUCUCUAAACAGACCUCAUUCAUUGACAGCUUUAGAUGACUCUAAAAAACGUCAAGAAGAUCUCUUAAAUAAUUACCAUUUUGGUGAAGUACCUUCCUAUCUUCAAAAACGCAAACAGGAAUGGCGCCACGAAGAAGACCAACGUAUUGCUAACACACCUGAUCCUUCAAUGCCACCUGGUCAUCGCCAGCUUCCUGAAAAUGAAAGAAAAGAGACAUUGGAACUUUUAUUAGCAAAGCAAAAAGAUGUGGUCACACAAAUUCAAAAAUUACCAAUUGGUGCAGACACCAUAAGAGUGAAACAACAAAGACAGUCAUUGGAGAAACAGUUAACAGAAGUUGAGGAGGCCAUUAAAAUAUUCUCACGCCCAAAAGUAUUUGUUAGAGUUGAAUCAUAGUAAAAUUAUCUCAUCAGAACCCAUUAUUAUUUUCUAUUAAUUCCUGUCCUUUCUUUAAAAAGCUCUGUAUUUUAACUUUUGUUCAAAUAAAAAAAAAUUCCAAUGAUUAAGUUAUAUUUCAUCAACUGUAAUGAUUAUAGGUAUUUAUUUAAAUGAUAGUAUACAUUAAAUAGAAAUUGUAUAUUAUUGUCAAUUGAUCUGCAUAUUUAUUUACUUACAACAGAUUGGAAAAAAAAUGUUUUUUUUUUCAGUAAAAAAAAUUGGGACGUUUGAUUAUUAGAUCGUAUACAUUUAUUUAUAUUUUUAGGGGUCAUAUAAAUGAAUUCUAUUGAACUUUAUGAAUUGAAAUUUAAAUGCAACAUAUUUUUUCAACAUAAGACCAAAAUAAUGCUAAGACAAAUAUUUAACAGUUAUUGCCAUCUAUUAAGACUAGUAAGCAUGUGUAAUAUUUAAAGUUCUUUAGUUUUCAUCAUUAGAACCUUUUUGAUUUGUAGAUAUGAUGUUUCAUUCAUUUUAUUAUAGAUGAUAUAUCUGUUACUUAAUAAAAUGUGAGACAUUGUAGUUAAUUUACUGUCUAUUUUUCACUUGUUAAUUGUUUUUUGUCUGUUCCAAGGGCUAAUGAUUUUGCAUAACCUGUAAAUCUGCAAUUAUUUCUUAUUAGCAAGAAAAAAACAAAAUUCAUAUUCCUAGACUUUAGAAAGUUUACAAAUAUGGACUAACAAAAAUACAUAACACAUAAAGUAGCUCAUUACUAGAUUUGAGUAAAGUUUAUUGUGUCUGAUCUACAUGACUAAAAAUUUGAUUUAAAUUUCAUUGCAACAGUGCAGAUCACUUAAACAUUCAUUUACAACAGUACAGAUAAUUCAAAUUGAAUCAUUAAUUUACAACAGUGCAGAUAACUCAAACAUUCACUUGCAAUAUUAUAGAUAAUUCAAUUUCAAACAUUCAUUAACAAAAGUACACAUAAUUUAAAUUCAAACAAUAAUUUACAACAGUUCAGCUCAAUUAUGCAUUUGCAACAGUACAGAUAAUUCAAAUCUAAACAUUGAUUUACCACAGUGUAGAUCACUUAGUUAUUCAUCUACAAUUGUACAAUAUCACUCAAAAUUGGCAGUAGAAAAAUACUGGCCUUACUGAAAAACAAACUAUAUAGCUGCAGAUCCAUUUUCAAACUAAGUAAUGUUAAUUACUUAUCAAACAUGGCUCUAAAGAAUAGUUUGAUGAUAUGUAGUGUAAUUAAAAUUUAGAUAAAUUAGCACCUCUAUUAUGCCAUCCUUCUUUAAGUCAGUUCUCUUGAACACGUCCAUCUUUGGAAAACUUGAGACACAAAAAUUUCUAUAAGAACAUCAUCAUUGGAAAGAAAGUCUAAGCCAUAGAGAUGGGUAGGACAACAGCAAAGAAUAGAUGAUGAGACUAAUAGAAGGUAGUAGAACACAGAGAGGAAUGUAGAGAACUGGCCUGCAGAAAACUUAUAGUGUCUGUACUGUAAAAGUCAUAGGAAUGUGGGAUGUAUGGCAUGAAUUGCUUGGCUACACUCUACGUUUAAAGGCAGCAUAGAAAUCUAGCAGGUACCCCCUCUCAACAACCACCAUCUUCACAAAAGCAGAGAUGACCUUAGAAGUAUGUGGGGCCCUGUAUACUGUGAUACAUGGGCUUUGGAGCCAUAAGCGUAGAUUAUGUACAUACUGUACCACAUCAUACUAACAGGCUCAUCUGCCUCUAAUGCUAUAGAUCUUAAUAUUUUUACAAAACAAAGUACCUUACCUAGGUACUAGCAAUAUGUUAUAUUUAAGCCAAAAAUAUCAUGUAAAGAGUUUUUAUGGUAAUUGGUAUCAUAUAGAUCCUGGGAAAGCCUUCUAAAAUAUUGAGUAACAAGUCCUUGUUUAUAAUGAGAACUGAUCUGAUUUCCAUGGAUUGGAGGUGACUGUUGCACCACCCUAAUGAAACACAUGAAAUUGUAUGUUUUUAACAAAAUAUAAUAAACCUUUUUAUCAACAUUUUCAAGAAUAUGAUUAGCCUGUGUAUAGUAUUGCUGUGGAUUUCAAUAUAAAGAUUGUUGUGUUAUGGUUAUGAAUUUAGUUAACUUUAUAGAAUCCUAAAUGCUGCUGGUAAAAUCAUUGGCAAAAAAAAACAACAA